AUGCUAUUCUCUUGUUGUUUAUUGAUGCUCUUCUUAUUAUCAAUGUAAGAACUUCAAAAUAUAUUUAGAUAAGUGAAUAGCUAGUGUGAAGAUUUACCUUUUAAAGAUGAAGUAAAUGUACUCAAUCCUUAAGGAGAGUAUAUCUAAGAAUUAUCAGAAAAAAUUAUUCAAGGUGAAGAGAAUGUAGGAUUUGGGAUUUGGAUGAAAUAUCAGCCAAUGCUUCAAUUGUAAGAUAUAAGUAUUUUUUUAAUAAAAAUGAUAGAUGAUAGAAAUUCUAACUUAAUAAUCUCAACAACUAAGAAGAUUAUUGUAAAUGGAGGAUACUUCAUUUAUCUAAUGGAAUAAAAUAUCAAUAAAUUUAAAAGUGUUGUUGUUUCUGUAGUUAUCCAUUCAAAGGAUUAAAAUAUUUAUUACAAUAUAUAUUAUUCUUUUAAAUAAAGUGUAGGUACUCUCACUUUUGGAGUUGAUGUGUUAAAAUAUGAAGGUGUGUGGAUAAUGUUUUAUGUUUAUUUUGAUUAAAUUUAAAAAUAAACAACAUUUGGAUUUUACAAUACUUUGGAUAUUAUACCAACAUAAGCUGUUGAUGAUGUUCCAAAUUUCGAAUUGAAUUUAAAACAUAAAUUCGGAGGUUUAUUUAAUUAUGAAAAUGAAAACGAAGAGCUUGUUAUACUUAAAAGAUUCAAUGGUUUAAUAUAUUAUACAUUCACAACAAAGGAAGAAAAUACUUUUUCUAAUUUAGAGAUUUGUGCAAAUCCUGGAUAGAAUUUUGAUACUUGUUACGAUGAAGAACGCUUGAUAUUUAAAUUAAGUGGAGAUAAUUAAUUAAUGAUUGGAAAGAGUUUUCAAUAAUUUGAAAUGAAUUAAGGAUUAAGGUCAACAAUUUAUAUAUUGAAUGGAUGGCUUAAAUUAGAUUAACUAAGACAAUCUGAAGCUGAAACUGUGAUUUUUCGAAUAACAAUCAAUCAAUUUUAUAAUGAUAACUUAUAUAUAGGAGAUAGAGAGGCUCUUCUUAAAUAUUAUUAAAGUAGUAUUCUAGAUGAAAAUGGAUUUGAAAUUUCAACUUAUUCUUAUUCAUUUCCAAUUAAGAGAAAGUCUAUGACAGAUAAUGAUCACAAAAUCUCUUAAUUUGGAGAAGAAUUUUAAGAAUUGCUUAUAAAUUGGCAUUUCUUCUAAUAUGAAUUUGGAACAUAAAAUAACAAUGGCCAACCUAGACUUUAAAUAUAUUUUCCUACAAUCAAGGAAGUUCGACUAUAUGAAUGGGCUUAAGCUAUAAAUCAUUUUAAAUAAGUUUAAUAUUAUAUUUACAUUGGAGGUGAUCACUAUUCUAAUUAAUUAAUGAAAGGUUUUAUAAGUGGUAUUAAAAUAGAAUAUUUCUGUAUAUCAAGUGAAGCUUAAUUUAAUCCAAUAUGCCAUUAUUCUUGUUUAACAUGUGAUGGCCCAACAUAAUAUAAUUGUUUAAGUUGUUCUGAUAAUAGUUUUAGAUAUUACGAAGAUCUAAUAAAGAGUUGUACUUGUUAAUAAGGGUUUGUAGAAAUAGAUAAUUAAUUACAGUGUAAAUCAAUAGUAUAGGGACUAUUUCACAUUUCUAAGUAAGAACUUGAAUUAAAAUGUUCAAAACCAGGAUAUAGUAAUUGUGAAGGUUAGAACAUUUAAUGUAAUUUUGGAUAUUUUUAAUUUAAAAAUAGUUGUAUCAAAUGGUAUUAAUUAUUUCUUUAUUCAUAGUCCAUUUUAUGAAGAUUUCUAUUUAGGAACAUAAAUUCUUUGUUUUGAUUGUAUAAUCGAACCCAAAAGAUUUGCAGAAACACUUUAAUGUUCAAAAACAGCUGAAACUUAUCAUGCUUAAAAAGAUUAUGUUUAUAAAAUAACUGAAAGAUUUCUGGAAGAAUAGAAUUCAUUCGAAAUAUAAUUUAAUGAUUCUGAAAAUGAAAAUAAUAAGAUUGAAUUACGUCAAGGAUUUAUAUCAAAAAAUACUUGCAAAUAAGGAUAUUAUUACAAAGACCAUAAAUGCCAUCAAUGUUAAGAGAUGUGCAAAUAAUGUUAAUCUAUUUUCGAAUGUGAAUUAUGUAUUGAUGGGUUUUAUGUUGACUCUAAUAAGUAAUGUAGUAAAUGUACAAAAUGUAGAACUUGUUUAUCACUUUAAUAAUGUUAUACUUGUAAUGAAGGAUAAGAAUAUCAUUAAGGUUCUUGUAUUACUUGUGGUCAUAAUUGUAAAAGUUGUGACGAAUAAGGUUAUUGUAAUUAUUGUAUUGGAUCACAUUCAUUAUAUUAUAUAUCGAUGGAUGGAAGAAAUUGUAAAGAAUGUAAUAUUGAAAAUUGUAUAUAUUGUUUUGAAUAUAUUAUAAAUAAUGAAGUUUAUUACACUAAUUUGAAUGUGAAAUUCCAAACAGUAAACUAUGAUGUUUCAUAUAUAUUUUAUAGUUGUGCUUUAUGCAAAGAAAACUACUUUUAUAAUUAAAACACUUAAAAAUGUGAACUGAAACCUUUAAAUGAUGAUUGUGAUUUUGCAAUAAUCUUAAAUGAUUCUUCAUAAAAAUGCAUCAAAAGUUACAAUAAUCUUGAUGCUAUUUAAAAUAUUGAUUGCCCUACUAAUCAAUACUGUAAGUCCUGUAUUAAGAAUUAUAAUGAUAUUGAUAGUUUUUGCAUUGAAUGUGAAGAAGGAUAUUAUUCAAGUGAAUUGUCAGGUUAGUGUAAAGAAUGCUUAUUCCCUUGUUAAACUUGCAUUCAAUAAAAUAAGUAAUAUUAAGAUUUCUGGAAAUGGAAAAUUAAAGCAACAUAUAAAUUUUUAUAAAAUUCUAAUGACGAUAAUGAGGCUUAAAGUUAUGAUGUCAUUAUUAAUUUAGAAUUAAUAUGCACUUCAUGUUAAAGAGGAUUUAUAUUAUAUGAGUAAUAAUGUAUCAAAGAUUGUGAUGAAAAUUGUGGGAAAUGUGAAAUUAUUGAUGGAAAAUCAACUUGUGUUUAAUGUUAUGAAAUAUCCUCAUCAAACUUUCUUAAAAGUGUAAAUUCUGGAGGAAAAUGUUUAUAAUGUCCAUCUAAUUGUAUAGCUUGUAUAGAUAGAACAAAAAUGGAAAUCUAUGAAAUAAAUCCAUAUUUCAUUUUAACUAAUUAAAAUUUACAUUUUACUAGAAAAUGCUAUGAGAAAACUAAUGAGAUUAAUUAAUUCAAAAAUUAUUUUUAUGAUUCUUUCACAUAGUAAAUUUCUGUUUGUAACAUAAACUUAUAGUGUUAUAACAAAAUAAUAAUAAAACAAAAUUUAUAUUGUAGUGAUGAACAGUUUUAUACAUUAAAGCAUGAAGCAAUACUUAGAGAUGAUUUAUAAUUUGAAUAAAAUAAUCUGUGGAUUGGUGAUUUAUUUGAUGAGGAUCAUUACUUUAAAAAAUUUGAAACUCCUUAUAUUUAUCAAUAUUUAAAUGAGAUUUCAAUUAGACAGGUUCAAUAUGAAUUUACUCUGAUUUAGGAUUGGGGCCCUGAAUGUUUUUUAUCAUAAUACAAUUAAAUCUACUAAAAAAUCUAAUAAAAUGUAUUUUCUAUUUAAUAAGUUGACUUAGAAUUUGUUGGAGAACCUUAAUUUACAAUUUUGCGAGUUUAUAGCAACCUUACUUUUAGUAAUUUUAGUACAAUCAGUUUUAAAAAUUUCAAGUUUAUGUUUUCUAAUCCUUCAUACAAUGUCCUGGGUUAAAAUUACUUCCCUAUUUUUUUAUUUAGUAUUAAAUAAAGCUUAAGCUUAAAAAUAAUUGAUUGUACUUUUAUUACUAAUAAUGAAACAGAUACAAAUUAUUCACUCACAAUCAAAUCAAAUAUACCUUAUUCUUUAUAUAUUGAAAAUCUAAUCAUAUCCAAUUUUUAUAUAUAUAACUCAGAUAUUUUCACAAUUACUUCUCAAUAACACCCUAAUGAAAAUUAUGUUUAAUUAAAAAAUAUAGUAAUAAAAGAUUCUUACUUUUUCAAUUCAAGUUUCUUAAAAUUUUAAGCAUAGAUUGACUAUUUAAGACUAAGCUCAAUAAUAACUUAGAUUUAAAUUAAAGAAACUAAGUUUAUUUAAUCAAAUUUUUUAAUUAGCAACUGUUUUCCAAAUUAUUCAGUCGGCUCAUUAUUUAUAAAUUCGAUAACUUUAUAGAAUAUUAUUCUAAGUUCAAAUUCAACCUUUCUGUAUCUUCCUUGUAUUGAUUAGUCUUAAUUAGAAAAAUUAAUUUUAAAUAACUCAAUCAUAGCAUUUGGAUCUAAAUUUUAUUACUCAAAUGUUAUAAAUCUUUAAGAUUUAAUCAUAAAUAAUACUAAAAUUUCUUAGAGCAAUCUAAUCUCAAAUAAUUUAGAUUACUCAAAGUCAUAAUCUGCAUUAUUAGCAUCUUCAAAUAUAGUUUUGAAAAGUUUUUAAAUAAUUAAUGUAGAAUAUGAUGAAUAUUAAUAAAUAUUAGUGAUAAACAAAUAUAAAGAAAUAAGUGGCUUAAAAUUGGAAGUAUUAGGAUUAAUAAUAUCAAAUUGUUUAAUUUCAUCCAGAAAUUAAAGAAAAUAGACAAGUUAUGAAUAAUCAAUGAUAUUUAUUGAAUGCUAAAUUUGUAUCUUGAAUGAUAUAUAAAUAGUAAGAAGAUAUGGAUUACCUGAAAUAACUGUAAUUAAUUCAGAAAAAUUAGAAAUCAAAAAUCUAAUUAUUUCUUAAAAUUAGUAAUUCUUACCAAAAGCUCUUCAUUCAAUUAUAGAAUGUGUAGAUUAACAUGCUCCUUUAGAUAUGUAUUUUUAUAUUUAUAUUGGAUAAUAUAAGGAUGUAUUCAUCGAUAAUUUAAAGGUUUCAAAUAGCUUGAGUUUCAACAAUCCUUUUAUUAUUUUAAAAGGUUAUGAUAUAAUGGAAAAGCUUAUCAUUGAAAAGAUAGUUAUUUAAAAUACUAAUUUCAUGUCAAACAUUCUUAUUAUUUUUGAUGCAAAUCAACAUACAUCUUUAAUUUCAAUUGAUUCAUAAUAAGAAUCUUCUGUAAUUCUAUCUAAUGUAAAUUUUUUAUAUAAUCAUUUAAAUGAAUAUUAUUAGGAUUUAACAAGAGUUUCAGCUACAACAAUAUUUAUUUAGUUAUAAUUUGGAAUAGUUUUAUUGGAGAAAUGUUUUUUUUUAUAAAAUAUAGUUACUAAUUCAAGUGACUCUAUUCUUUAUUUAAAAGUCUUUAGUUUUUAGUUGUGGAAUUCCCACUUUUAAAAUAAUGGUUUAUUAAAUGUUUCUUCAUUAAGUUAAAAUUUAAUAUUUUCCUAAUUGCAAGAUUUGAGCUAAAUUAAUUUUAAUAUUAUAUUUCCAAUUAAAUCUAACGGAGGAAAUGGAUAUUUAAUUCUCAACAUUUUAGAAAUAAAUAAUCUUACAAUAAAUACUUCAUAUUCUUAGAAUGGAGGUGGAUUUUAUAUUACAACAUAAGGGAAAAGUUCAAUAAACAUAUUAAAUUCCUUUUUUUAUAAUACCAUUUCUUCCUUAGACUCAUCAAUUUAUUCAAUAGGUGGAUGUUUGUUUAUUGAUGCAUCUUCAUCUAAAAUUACAUUUAAAAUGCAUAAUACAAUCAUAGAUACUUCUUAUAGUAGAUAUGAAGGAGGAGCUAUUUAUAUUAAUCCUUCACUAAGUUAUAAUUAGAUUGAAAUAUAAAAUUUGGUCGUUAAGGAAUGUUUUUCGCUAUAAAAUUCAUUUUUUUCAUAUGUACUUUCAAAAAUUGAAACUAUUUUCUCAUAGGUAAUUUUUAAAAAUAUUGUUUUUUAAAUUACAGAAGAAGGAUUUUAAAAAUACUUUUCUUAAAUAUCAGAUUUAUCAGAAAAUGAUGCUUCAAAUAUUGCUACAUCAAAUCCUACGAUAUUUAUAUAAUAUGGAAAUAUUACAAUUUUUAAUUGUAGCUUUGUUUCUAAUUUCAUUUAAUUCCUCAUUAAAAUUGAAUAGGCUUAAAAUAUAAUAUUUUCAAACGUGAAAGUUAUUAAUAGUACUGUUUUAUAGUCGCCCUUAUUUAAAUUUAAUUUAAGAUAAGGUAAUAUUUUAUAAUUAUUAUUAUUAGAAUUUUUUGGGUAAUUAUAAAUUUCUAAUUUAGAAUUAUCUAAUAUAAUUUAAAUUCGCAAAAACUUUAAUUAUUCUUGCAAUUUAUAGAAUAAUAGCGUAAUAUCUGAACUUUAAUGCCCAUCUUACUUGCCUUAAGUUCCUUUAUAAUAUUCAGAAAAUGAUAAAACAGAAUUAAAUUAAUAGCGAUUAAAUUGUAACGAAUAGUUAAUAUUCUCUAACAAAAGAUUUAAUUUUAGCUUAAUUGAAUUAGAUAAAUUUAAUAAUACCCAUAAACUUAUAGUUGAAAAAAUCCAUUUAUAUAAUGUAUUAUGUGAAACCUGUUAGUUUGGAUUAUUCAGAAUUUUAUAAAUAGAAAAAUAAGAAGAAGAAACUUUGAAGUUUUCUUAAGUUACAAUUAAAAAUUGCAUAUGUGGAAAUACAGGUUGCCUAUCAAUUUUGCAAUAUUAUGACGAAUCAAUUUUAAAAAAAAGUUUAUUAGAAUCUUAAAGAAUAUUGCAACAGCAUAAUUAUGAUAAGCUGAGCUUUUAAUUAAACCAAUAAAUUAAUAUUUUAGAUAGCGUAUUUAUUAAUAAUACUGCAAUUUAUGGAGGGUCUUUAUUUAUAAUUGAAGUUGGGAUAUUAAUAAAAAAUAGUAUUUUUUAAAAUAAUUCUGCAUAAAUAGGAGGGGCAAUUUAUUAUUAUUCAUAAGAAUCAUAAAUUUUAAUUCUAAAUUCUAAAAUAAUAUCUAAUACAGCUAAAGUAGCUGGAGGAGUAUUUUUAUAUGAAUAAUCUUUUUAAUUAACAAAAGAAUUAGAUAUAUAAUUGUCUAAUAAUAAUUCAACAUUAUAUGGUCAGGAUAUCUUUGAAAAGCCUCGAUCAUUAACUUUAUCUAUAGAUGGAGGUUAAACUUUUUUAGAAAAAAGUCUUCACACUGUAUCUGAGGAUGAAAUCGUAGAAUAAAUAAUUAAUAAACCUUAUAAGAUAUUGGGUUAUUCAGAGAAAAUGUAAUAUAUAACACUUCCAACAGGAAGAUCUAUAAGCAGUUAUUCAUAUUUUGAUUUUCAAACAUCUACUAUCAUUCCUUAUAAUUUAACUUUCAGGAUUAUUCCUUUGGAUAAAUUCUAAAAUUAAAUUAAAGGAUUAUCAAAGUCUAUUUGCACUUUAUAUCCCAAGGUAUUUAACUUAUCAUCUUAAACUGAAGAAAUAAAUUUAAACUAUAGUCUUUCUUAUUAUAAUGUUAGUUUUGAUGAAAAGACUGGAGAUUAUAAUUUAGAUGAUUUAACCAUAUAUUUUAAACCAAAUUUGAGUAAUAGUCUUGUUCUUUAAUUAUUGAUAUAGUGUAAUUCUAUACUUGUUCCUUAGUAUGAAAAUGAACCUCCAUAUAAAAUAACUAAAAACAUUUCAAAUUAUAAAUUAUUAGUAAAUAUCAAAACAUUUCCAUGUCAAUUAGGAGAAUUUCUGAAUACAACAUCUGGAGGUUGUACACUUUGUGAUACAUUUUAAAAUUAGUAUUAAGUUUAAUGGAAUGCAUAAAGUUGUACUUAAAAAGAUGAUUUUAAAAUUAGAUAAAUAAAGCCUGCUAUGAUAGAAUUAAGAUCUGGUUAUUGGAGACCUUAUUAUUAUAGUUAAACUAUUGAAUAUUGUUAUCAUUUAGUUGAAAAUUGUGAAGGAGGAUGGAAACCAGGAGAUGAUUCUUGUAUUACAGGUCAUAUUGGAGCUUUAUGUGAAUAAUGCGAUUUAUAUAAUAUUGUUGGAUUAGGAUAAUAUUCUGUAAGUUCGAAAUAUUCUUGUGGAAGCUGUGAUCAAAUUAUAGGCAAUAUUUUAACUAUUGUAUUUAUCAGUGCUUGGACACUUAUUUCUAUUUUGAUGUCUGUUGGUAGCACAGUUGAAAUGAUUAAAGAAUUUAUAGUUGGUUUACGUUUAAAAUCUCUUGGGGUUACUUUUGUUGUCAAAUAAGCUUCAACAGCUAUUUUAAUAAAAGUGCUGACAAAUUAUCUUUAAAUUAUAUCUACUAUUGCUACUUUUUAACUUUAAGUGCCAUCUGGAUUAGCAUCAGUAGUAAAUAGUGUUGGAAGUCCUAUUGAAUCAAUGGGUUAUUCUUUAGAUUGCUUCCUUAUUUCAAUCACUGAUAUUCCAAUUAUUUAUUUUAGAAUAAUUUGGAGUCUACUAAUGGCAUUUUCAUAUAUUAUUAUCUUUUUUAUAAUUGAAGGAAUUAGAGUUAUAACAAAAUCUAUAUCUUUUAACAUCUCUUAUGUUUCAACUGCUUUAAUUUAUGUCUUUAUUUAUUUGCAACCAAACAUAAUAGGAGGCUUAAUAUCCCUAAUUUCAUUUAGAAUUAUUUCAGAUGAAUAUUGGAUUUAGGGUAACGUUGCAUAUAAAUAUAAUACAUCUGAACAUGCAAAAUGGUUAGCAUCUUUUUGUUUACCUUUGUUAUUACUAUUUAGUAUUUUGAUUCCUUUAUAUUUUUGGUUUGGAGUGAGAGAAAAUAGAGCUAAUUUAGAUAAGACAAGUGUUAGAUAAAAAUGGGGGUAUUUAUAUAACGAGUAUAAAUUGCAUGCAUAUUAUUGGGAAACAAUUAAAAUUUUAUAAAAAGAAUUUAUGAUAAUAGUACUUACCUAUUAUGACGAUCAUGUUCCUAUUAAGGCUUCUCUAGUAUUUUUAGUUUUAUUUGGUUAUAGUUUUUUAACAACAUCUUCAAAACCUUACAUGACUGGGUAUUUGAAUUAUCUAGAUACAUAAUCAACAAUUGUUUGUGCCGUAUCAAUUAUCUUGGGAAGUUCAAUUUAUACUGCUUAAUAAUCUGAUUUAUUUGAAAUAGUUUGGCCCUUCUAUAUUAUCAUAGGAAUAUUAAAUGGAUUAUUUAUAUUAAGAUUGUUAAUUAAAAUUUUAUUUGCUUAUUUCCAUAAAUUGAAUGAAUAAAUCGAUAAGAUUAAGGAACUAAUUACAAAUAAAUUUCCAAAUUAAAUAAAACGAUAUCCUUUUAUACAAGAAAUAUUUGAGAGCAGAAAAAAAUAAUAAGCAAGAGUUAAAGAGAGAUAUGCUAAAAUUAGAAAUCAUUUGUUACCUUAAGCUAGAAUGAUACUAGAAUAUAGAAAGUAUUUUUUAUGUGCAUUUUUAGAUUAAAUAAUUUCGAUUUGCCUGUUAGAAUUUAAACUUAAAUAUUUGAAAAUGAGUAAGAUAAUAUUUAAAAAAACGAUCGCAAUAGUAAUGAUAGUAAUUUUGGUGUGAAUAGUCCAUUAUUUACAGGCAGCCGUUCUAAAAAAAUUGAAACUUUAUUUAAAACGCCUUAAAUGUCUAAAAUUUACCCAGAAUUAACCACUAAUUACAUAAAUUAAGAUAAUUUAAAGUCAAGUAUCCAUCAAUCUUAAAACUGA